UCUUCCAGCGCCACGUCGUGAGGAAGUGUCGGUCCCCUCGGGCGGUUGAAAGGUGCCGACGGAGCCUGUCAAGGUUACCUGGUUGGUGUCUAAUUGUUCUGUGCUUCUUCUGCUGAGGCAAGAACUAUGUCAUGGAUCAAGGAAGGAGAGCUGUCGUUUUGGGAGCGGUUCUGUGCCAACAUCAUAAAGGCAGGCCCAAUGCCCAAACACAUUGCGUUUAUAAUGGAUGGGAACCGUCGCUAUGCCAAGAAGUGCCAAGUGGAGAGGCAAGAGGGCCACUCACAGGGCUUCAACAAACUGGCUGAGACUCUGCGUUGGUGUUUGAACCUGGGCGUCCUAGAGGUGACGGUCUACGCAUUCAGCAUUGAGAACUUCAAACGCUCCAAGAGUGAGGUAGAUGGGCUAAUGGAUCUGGCCCGGCAGAAGUUCAGCCGCUUGAUGGAAGAAAAGGAGAAACUGCAGAAGCAUGGGGUAUGUAUCCGGGUCCUGGGUGAUCUGCAUUUGUUGCCCUUGGAUCUCCAGGAGCUGAUCGCACAGGCUGUGCAGGCCACCAAGAACUACAACAAGUGUUUCCUGAACGUCUGUUUUGCUUACACAUCCCGUCAUGAGAUCAGCAAUGCUGUGAGAGAGAUGGCCUGGGGAGUGGAGCAAGGCCUGCUGGAUCCCAGCGAUGUCUCUGAGUCUCUGCUGGAUAAGUGCCUCUAUACCAACCACUCUCCUCAUCCUGACAUCUUGAUACGGACUUCUGGGGAAGUGAGGCUCAGCGACUUUCUCCUCUGGCAGACCUCCCACUCCUGCUUGGUGUUCCAGCCUGUUCUGUGGCCAGAAUACACGUUUUGGAACCUCUGUGAGGCCAUCCUGCAGUUCCAGAUGAACCAUAGCAUGCUUCAGAAGGCCCGAGACAUGUAUGCAGAGGAUCGGAAGAGGCAGCAGCUGGAGAGGGACCAGGCUGCAGUGACAGAACAGCUGCUGCAAGAGGGGCUCCAGGCCAGUGGGGACGCCCAGCUCCGACGGACACGCUUGCACAAACUCUCAGCCAGACGAGAAGAGCGGGUCCAAGGCUUCCUGCAGGCCUUAGAACUCAAGCGGGCUGACUGGCUGGCACGUCUGGGCACUGCAUCAGCCUGAGUGAGGCUGGCCUCCUGCCACUUUGCCCUGCCCUCUGCCUCUAGGGCCCCACUCCCCUUUCUUUUCUUGGUGAAAGGUACCUCCCUCCUGAUGAUGAAUUGUGUUUCCUUUGCUUGGCAAGGGAGCCCCAGAGGCCAGGUUUGCUGGCCAUAGAUAUCUUUGGGCUGCCUGGGACAGUGCCCCUGGUGAGGGUUGAGGGUGAGAGUCUCUCACAAGUACACUAAACCUAAACUCUGAUCCAGGUCAAACUCUGAUCACGAAUAGGUUCGGAGAGCAGAGGGCCCCAGCCCUUCCAUCAUUGCCACCUCUACCUGUACUCCUAGGUGCACUUUCUUUUUCCACCAGCACAUCCUUCAACACAAAGAAUUUCGGGGAAGAGGUCUCCCCAGAACCUUAGCCCUUUACCCAUCCAUCUUAGUCUUCACAAAAGAUGUGGACCCACCUUGGAUCUGCUGGUAAAUAGCUAAUAGGCAGCCAGCGUUAUUUAGGCAAGGAAGGGGAGGGAGAGACAGAAAGAAAAUUUGCCCAUCUGCUGCUCCUCCCCCUUGGCUCUCCACCUGGGAUUUGCUAUUGAAUCUCUACCCCCUCCCACCACACAGUGCUGACUGCUCACUGAAAGCAGCGCCCCCAAUGGUGCACGGAAGCCAGGCGGGUGAUUACAAUCCAAUUACCUAUUGUUGACUCAGCCCACACAAGCUUUUCUCCUCCUCUUGCAGGGCAUGGGGCCAGGCUCCACUCCCCAGUGAGACCGGUCCCCUCCAUGGCUACAGGGUAACAGAAGACCUAUAGGCCCUGGUGAAUCUAAUCCAGCACAGGCCACCUUCCCUGGAUCACAUCAGGACCAAGAGCACAGAAGCAAGCACUUCUCCCAACUGACUGCCUCCUGCCCUCAGCAUCUCGGACUCUGCUUCCCACCUCUACAGCCUUUGAGGCUUUUCUCAGCUUUUGACCUGGCCCCCUAAGUAGACCGUGAGACGAUUUAUUCCCAGCAUGGCAGAGUCUCAGUUUGUGAGGGCCAAGGUUGCCCAGCAGGGAGAAGAGGGCCGAGUCAAGGGCUGUGUCCUUUUCCUUACCUCUCCCUGCCAGGCCUCGCUGCAGAGCUGCUGAGAGGAUUAGUGCCUUUGAAGAGCUGUCUGAGCAGCUCUGUGCUUCAGGUGCCCCAGAGCAGCAAGCACCAGCGGGUAAUACCAACCAAAGGCUACUCUGUUUAGUCUUCCCGUUUUACUUUCUGCACACUGUUUCCCAGCACCUCCCUCUAGGGGAGAGGUAGGAUCUUGGAAGCAGUGCUAAGAGCAUAUUCUUUAAAACCUCUAACUUCCCUAUACUCCAGUCUCCUCCCCUUUCUGUGCCUGGAUACCUGGCACAAGAGACCCUUUGGCCAUCAUCCCUGCUCCCAGAAUCAAGCAUAAAUGCCCGGCACUGCGAUUGAGAAGCCAAUCAAUGCACCCUUUGGCAAGUCCCCCACUCACACACCUGGCACUCCCCACUACCAAUCCCUGGCACAGGGUUCCCAGAGAGCAGGUGCUGUACAUUUUCCAGCUUUACAAUGGGGCUGUUGACAGCCUUAAUUAGGGAGGCAUGAAUUAUGCGGCUAUAAUGCAGAGCCCUGCAAUUAAGGCGGGAAUGAGGGGCUGGAAGCAGCAAAUGGAAUCUGCCCUGUGAGCAUGGUUGUUGAGUCCUGCCUCCUUUCUGGGUCUGACUUUCCCUAACUAUGAUUGGGGUACAGCAGAGGUGAUUAAUGGGGCUGAUAUCUUUGGCCUGAGGUCCUGUAUUCUGGGAAAGGUACACAGUGGGGAGGGGUGAGGAGUGGCUGCCUCAGGAGGCAGUGUAAGGGGUGGAAAGAGGAGGCCGAGGGAUCGCUGCUGCUCAGGAACAAGAGCUGCAAAUAGUUGAUAUGAACUCUCAAUGAUUGCUUUCUACCGGUGUGAUUCGUACAAACCAGCUCAACCCUUGCCUCAAGAAACUCGGUGAGACCUAUUUAAAUGUCCUCCCACCUGUGAGCCAACCCCCCCCCAGUUGAGGAUAUUUAUUGUGUUGAGUUCUCUAGGGUGUCAAAUAGAAUUUUAAAAAUUC